GUGGCGCGAGACGCACGUGUCGCCGCGGUCUGAUCGCCCGCUCGAUCGUUUACACGUGAAACUUUGUGUUGUGUUUCAUUUAGUGAGGUCAACGUUCAUUUAUUUGAAGUUUAGUUACAGUUUUAUUAUGUGAGAGGAUGCCGCAUAACCACAACCAAGUGAUCAGUGCAGUGAAAAUGUGUAACAAUGGUCUGAUCUGAACAGUGUAGUGUUGACAGUGAUGAUGCGCAUGCGUGUGGUAGCGAUGGUUCACCCGUGAGAGGAUGUGAACGAUGUCGGUAUGCGCACGAGGCGCGCGGCACCCUGGUCGAGCAAGCGCGCCCCACCACCACUACCCAACCAGCACGCGGCUCGCGCUGCUGCUGCUGACGGUACUGUACGUCAGAGGCGGCGCGUGCGGCGGAGUGUCGCUGGGCGCGCACCUGGUCUGCGCGAAGGCCCCCGGCCUCACCGACAAGCAGCGCGCCAUGUGCCGCGCCUCGCCAGCCGCCAUCGCGGCCAUUGGAGACGGCUUGCGCAUGGCGUACGAGGAAUGCCGCGUGCAGCUGAGCGGGCGCCGAUGGAACUGCAGCGGCGUCGGCGACGGCAACCACUUCGGACACGUCAUGCCGAUGGCGACUCGCGAGGCCGCGUUUACGUACGCCAUCACGUCAGCUGGCGUGACGCAUGCGCUGAGCAUGGCGUGCGCGCGCGGCGAGCUGCCCGCCUGCGGCUGCACCGCCAACAGACGGCGCGUAGUGAACGCAGUGGAGCAGUUCCAGUGGGGCGGGUGCGGGUCAGGCGCGUUUGGUGCGCGCGUGGCGCGGCGGUUCCUCGACGCGCGGGAGCUCGAGCGGGAUGCGCGCGCGCUCAUGAACCUGCACAACAACCGCGUCGGCCGGAAGGUGAGCGAGGUGGUGAAGGACUUGGUGCACCGCGAGUGCAAGUGUCAUGGCGUUUCGGGUUCCUGCGCGAUGCGGACGUGCUGGCGCGCGCUGCCGACGUUCCGCGCCGCGGCCGCUGCGCUGCGGGAGAAGUACGCGCGUGCGCGGCUCGUGGUGCCACAUCCAGCGCCCGCGGAACAAACACAUUUACUGCUCAGGAGACCGAAGCAGGCGUCCGGAGUCGGGCGCGCGCCGCGCAAGUCAGAGCUGGUAUACCUGGAGCCAUCGCCGUCUUACUGCGAGCCGGACCUCGCCGCGGGCUCGUACGGCACACACGGACGGACUUGCAACAGGACCUCCAAAGGCGAAGACGGGUGCGAGUCGUUAUGCUGCGGGCGCGGGUACAGCACGCAGCGGCGCGUGGAGCGCACCAAGUGCCGCUGUCGCUUCCACUGGUGCUGCAGCGUCUCCUGCGCCACCUGCGUCGCCAACAAGGAGACGCACGUCUGCAACUGAACACUCUACUACUCUAAACUACACAGCAAGGACUUCUAACUUAACUACACGUUUUUAAUCCGUGGUUAAUGAUUGGUCGAAUGAAAUUAAUUAAACUGAUGCCUAAUGAUCAAUCUUAUGCCCAGUGUUUAAGCAAAGUCGUAUAGGUUAUAUUUAUUUGCCUACUGUAUGUAAAUUUUGUAUGAAACUGUGCCCAUUAGGGACGCGUCGCGUCGCGGUGCGCUGAGACCAAUUACUAUACAAAACAAAUGCGAUACGAUUCGAUACGCUUCAAUUCUCAAGUCGACGCCGCGCCUUAUGCGUUCCAAAUCUAAUUGAAAUUAGAUUGAUCGGAUAAUGCAUCUACUGAAUUCGUAUGUUAGAUCAGAGAAUUGGUAAGAACUAACCAAGGUUUCGUAUAAUUGAAAAUGCAAUUUCGAAAAGGGCACAUGUCCGAAAAUAUAAAAAGUUCAGGAAAUGGAAAUUUUCUACAGUACUGUAAAAAAAAUAUUUUUAGGUUAGAAUUUGGGUUCAAUUAACAAUAAAAAAUUACAGAUUUUUGUUGUUAUUUGUUAUUAUAUAUACAUUUCUGGAUAUAGAUAUAGAUCUUUGUGAGAUAUGCCUUUUUCAAAAUUGCAUUUGAUACCUGAAUUUCUGAAUCAACAUUAAGGUUAUAGCUUAAGGUCCAUUUUUCAUACAUUUUGUUUCACCUUUAAUCUGGGUAACUAAACAAGU